UCCCCUCCGCCCGCCGCCGGCGACAUCGCCUCCUCCCUCCCGCCGCCGCCGCCGCCGCCGCCGUGUCCAUCAACCCCAAGUCGGUUCUGCUAUGGCCGGGAAGAAGCGCAAGUCCGCCUCCUCCGACAAGCAGCAGAAGCAGCAGCGGCUCCCCCUCGGUGCCGACGCCGACGCGGUCGCCGACGCCGCGAAGCGCCGCCGCUCGGGGGCCUCCAAGAAGCACCAGGCGGAGGACGAGGCCGCCAUACCUUCCUCCCUCAGCGCCAAGAUCCUCCGCGAGGCGCUCAGCCAGCAGCAGGAGGAGUCCCUCGCUGACCAGCGCCCCUCCGCCGCCGCCGCCACCCCGUCUGCGUCCUUCUCCUUCCCCGUCCCUAACAAAGACGGCGAGGACGACGACGGGGAAGACGACGUCGACGAGUUCGAUGGCUUCGACGCGCAGAGCGAAUACGAUGGCGGCGUGCCGGAGAUUGAUGAGGAGGACGAGAAGGCUCUCGCUGCGUUCAUGUCAAAGGACACCUCUUCGACGCGCACACUUGGUGAUAUCAUUCUCGAGAAAAUCAGGCAAAAGGAUGCUGAGGUCUCAACAGAAGGACGGGCUCCUGUGAAGUUGGACAGCAGCAUUAUUGAACUUUAUAAAGGGGUUGGAGAGUUCUUGAGCCGAUACACAAGUGGGAAAAUCCCUAAAGCGUUCAAGCGUAUUCCUUCAUUGGAAUGCUGGGCAGAUGUUCUACAGUUGACUGAGCCUGAAAAUUGGUCUCCUAACGCAGUAUAUCAAGCAACACGGCUCUUCUCUUCAAACAUGAAUGCAAAGAAUGCUGUGCGAUUCUAUGAAGCCAUUUUACUCCCACGUGUUCGUAAUGACAUAAGGAAGAACAAGAGGCUUCAUUUUGCACUGUACCAGUCUCUGAAAAAAUGCCUAUAUAAGCCUGCGGCAUUUUUCAAGGGAAUAUUGUUGCCACUUUGUCAGGAGAGAAAUUGCACUCUUCGGGAAGCAGUCAUUAUUGGUAGUAUCAUCUCAAAAGUCUCCAUUCCUCCCCUCCAUGCAAGUGCAGCUUUAAUGAAACUAGCAGAGAUGGAGUACUGUGGCACUACUAGCUACUUUAUUAAACUAUUUCUUGACAAGAAGUAUGCUUUGCCAUAUCGCGUGGUUGACGCAGUUUUUGCUCAUUUCAUGCGGUUUAUUGAUGAGGAAAGGGUCAUGCCUGUUAUAUGGCAUCAAUCAUUGCUUGCCUUUGUGGAAAGAUACAAAAAUGAAUUAGAGAAAAAGGAUAAGGAGAGACUUGCACGGUUGUUCGAUCACCAGAAGCAUUAUUUGGUUACUCCAGAAAUUCGUAGGGAGCUUCGAAUGAGCUGCAACAGGGGUGAAAAAGACACAAACAUGUCGAUAUGUUCCCCAGUUUCUGUAAUCACGAAACCAAUCGAAGAAGACAGGUGGAAUAUACCGGAAGUGCCUAUGGAGGACUAAUCGUUUGAUUCUUCUUGGCAACGGCGUUUUAGUUUUGACCACAGCAUGAACUUUUUCGAGAGGUUUUUUGUUCUAUACAAUGAUGGAUCGCUAUCAGCAAGAGAGAAGUUGUAUGCUGGUUUUUGAUCGGUUUGGAGAUGUAUCCGUGAGUAUUCAGCGUGUAGCUGUUCUAGGUAAUCGUGGCGAUUUGUACACAAGUUGCAAAAAGGGUCCCUUUAUGCUGGACCAACGUUAUUUAUUGGAGAAGAGAUGCAAGGUCAACAACCUUGUAAUCUUGUACUGUUAACACA